AUGAAAUGCGGUCUAUCAAAUGUUUUGGAUUUGUCGGAAAAAGACUUGCGACAUUCCCAACGAGCUUUAUUCACGCCAGAUACAUGGAACAAACUCAACAGCAAGUACAAUUCCUUGAUGAUAAGUCCAACAGAUUCUCUUGCUUCCCUAAAAGACAGCUGGGAAAUGAUUUCAGAAUUAUGCAUUGUAGAUAAAGACUCAUUUAAGGCAAAAAAAUACAUCAGCACUCUAGAAUCUUCAGCCUCUGCCACGAGAGAUCAGCUGCGCGUACUUGAUUUUUUUAGGGAAAUCAUUUACUUGCUAGAUUCAAAGCAGUUUAUGUUAAACAAAAAUAAUAAGGCCAAGAUAUCUGAAAGGGACUUUAGUUAUCAGCUCUGGUUACCUAUAUUCCAAAAAGUAUUUCAUAUCAACAAUGAAAUAAUUCGAAUCAAAGUAGGAGAAACUGUCCUAUCCGAGUCAACAGAGUCUAAAGCAUCUGUUUAUACAGACUCGCGAAACAUUGUCGGCUUCAAGGUAGACAUGCGCUUUUUACUUGAUUUCGAAAUGGAGGAAUUUGACGUUGCUUGUGCCGAGGCAUGCAUCCCAAUUGUACCCGAAGCCAAAAUCCAACAUGAUAUGUCAAAGCUUUUGCGUGAGGGCAAAAUCAUGCAAACUGCAGCUCUCAAUGUCAUUCAAAACAGCCGUGUAUUCUCUUGGGUGAUUCAAAUCUCAGUUCACUGUUGUCUUUCCAAGCGAGCAUUCGAACCUGCCAUUGGUCUUUGA